AUGGAUCAGAAAUCGGAAAUCCCUGCAGAUUCCAUGCUGGAUCCAGCAAACCAGCAUGAGCAUGCUCAUCACCACCACACCACCUUCGCCGAACAAGGGCGCGAAGAAGAGGUAGUCUACGCGCAGGAUACAUUCGACAAGAGUGUCGAACCAACACCCGUCACACAUACCACCAAGAGUACCGACGAGGAGGCUGGGCAGAGCUCGCCGGCACACCGUACCUGGCUCCGUCGCGUGGGGAAACAAUGGCGACACAUCGUCCAUGCCGUCAUUUGGCUGUUGUUUACCGGCUGGUGGAUUGCUGGCCUGAUUCUGCAUCGAUAUGACCGGGGAUGGUUGAUUCCCUUCCUGCUCUAUUUGGCCAUCACCUUGCGGAUCAUCUUCUUCUAUGUCCCCAUCACUAUCAUUACAAAGCCCAUGAAUUGGGUCUGGACGAAUACCGCCCGUCCAUUCGUGAACUUCAUCCCCCCAAAGCUCAGAACCCCCAGUGCAGCCUUCCUCUGCGUGGCAGUGAUUCUGAUCGGCUCGUUCGCUUCUCCCGAGUCGGAGGAUAACACCCGUGCGAACAGAGCGGUCAGUCUAUUCGGUAUGGUGGUCUUCAUCUUCGGAUUGUGGGCCACUUCGCGAAACCGCAAGAAGAUUGUUUGGCACACGGUUAUCGUCGGCAUGUUGUCACAGUUCAUCAUUGCCCUCUUCGUGCUCCGCUCAGGUGCUGGCUACGAUAUUUUCAACUUUAUCUCCGGUCUAGCCAGCGACUUGCUCGGGUUCGCCGUCGACGGUGUCACCUUCUUGACGAGUGAUGAUUUCUACAACACGACAACACCCUUUGCGCCUGCCAACUUCUUCCUGGUCAGCGUUAUCCCCGCCAUCAUCUUCUUCGUCUCCCUGGUCCAGCUUCUUUACCACUACAACAUCCUGCAAUGGUUUGUCGGCAAGUUCGCCGUCUUCUUCUUCUGGAGCAUGCGCGUUUCCGGUGCCGAGGCUGUCGUCGCCGCUGCCUCGCCUUUCAUCGGUCAAGGUGAAUCUGCCAUGCUGAUCCGUCCCUUCAUCGAGCACCUCACCAUGGCCGAAUUGCACCAAGUCAUGUGCUCUGGUUUUGCCACCAUCGCAGGAAGUGUCCUGAUUGCCUACAUCAGUAUCGGUGUGAACCCGCAAGCCAUGGUCAGCGCAUGUGUCAUGAGUAUCCCGGCUUCACUGGCGGUUUCCAAGCUUCGCUGGCCGGAAGAAGAAGAAUGUCUCACAGCUGGCCGUGUGGUCGUUCCCGAAAGCGAAGACCACAAGUCCUCGAAUGCCUUGCAUGCUUUCUCCGGCGGUGCUUGGCUCGGUCUGAAGAUUGCUUCUAUGAUUGCUGCCACCUUGCUGUGUAUCAUUUCAUUCGUGGGACUUAUUAACGGUCUCCUGACUUGGUGGGGUCGUUACCUGAACAUCAACGAUCCCCCUCUCACCCUCGAGCUUAUUGUCGGAUACAUCUGUUAUCCGAUUGCAUUCUUGCUCGGUGUUUCCCGUGAUGGAGAUCUGCUCAAGGUCUCCCAACUGAUUGGUCUCAAGCUCGUUACUAACGAGUUCGUCGCUUACAAGGCCCUGCAAGAUAAUGCAGAGUACGCCGAUCUUUCGGAUCGCUCUCGCCUCAUCGUCACCUAUGCCCUUUGUGGUUUCGCCAACAUUGGAUCCCUGGGUAACCAGAUCGGUGUGCUUUCGCAGAUCUCACCCGGUCGUGGUGGUGAUGUUUCGCGUGUGGCAUUCAGUGCCAUGAUCACUGGUGCUAUUAGUACUUUCACCAGUGCUUCCGUUGCCGGAUUGCUGAUCACCAACGAGAAGCAAUACUUCGGUACCUAG